AUGGCUCAUGCACUUAAAGAAAAAAUUCUUUCAAUUUUAUCUUUGUAUUUGUCCAAAGAAUGUCCAGCUUAUGCUGAGUUGAUACAACAAGUGGCAAAUAUUUCAGAUGAAAAGUUUAUUGAACCAUUGAAUAAACAAUCAUCGUCUACUAUUGAACGUGUUAUGUUUCUCCUCGACAACAUUAUUUAUUUUGUUAAUGAAUAUUAUCAAAUAAAUCGACAACAAGGACAAGAAUUAGAUCGUAUCUUUAACGAAAUUAGAAGUAUUUUGAUCGAUACAAUAAAUGAUAAUCAAACAAUGAAGAAGAAAAUUGUCAAUUUAGAGACUGAUAUUAAAUAUUUGAAAAACGAGAAUUAUGAAACAAAAAGAUACCGUACAACAGUGGAAAUUUUAACGCCCAUUGUACGGCAAAUUCGAACUACUAUGGUUCACCAAGGAAUUCCAGAUUUUUAUUAUUCAAAAAUAAUUAUAAAUGCAUAUAUAUUACGUGCUCAUGGUGAUAAUAUUUCCUGGGAAAUUGCUGAUUUUAAUGACAAUUAUCCUCAAACACAAUUUGAUUCUAAUACAUUUGAUCAACUUGAAUUGAUUAUUAAAAACAUUGCUAGUACAUUAAGAAUUGAUUAUGAUACGUUACUUGAAUUAUUAUAUAUGAAGUUGGAUAGAAAUGAGGUUAAACACGACUCAAUCAAAAAUUUUCUUCGAUACAAUGCAAAUGGAAAUUCAUCAUUCAACGCUUAUUUGAAUUCAAUGGGCAUUGCAGAUGUAUUUACCAUUAAUGAAAAAAUGUGUUUAGAAAUAUUGUAUAAAAAUCAUUUUGUUGCUCAUUAUAAUGCCAUUCAUUAG